CCCAAAGGGCAGGCCUUGUUGAUGGGAAGAACAAGGCGUAUUUUAAAAUUUCUAUCCUCCUCCUGCCAAGAACACAAGAGAAUUUUUCUCUGGUAUCUACUCUGGGAGCUUUGUUGAGCUUCUGGAGAUAAACAUCACAAUAAAAUUGGAGCCUCUUUAUGACUGAAUCCUUGGAGACCUUUUACCUCUCAGACUUGCCUGCUCUGAGCCUCCAGCAGUUUGUCAGUUACAGUUCAGAGUUCAUACCCUGGACAACUGGUUGCCGGCAUUUCUGCUCAUGAAUUCUUGCUCUGGGAAAGGGGAACAUGGAAAACCUUACCCCCUCACUGAGGAGGACCAUGAUGACUCAGCUUACAGGGAAAAUGGUUUCAAUAUUUUCGUCAGCAACAACAUCGCUCUAGAGAGGUCCCUGCCAGAUAUCCGGCACGCCAACUGUAAGCACAAGAUGUACCUGGAAAGGCUGCCAAACACCAGCAUCAUUAUCCCAUUCCAUAACGAAGGUUGGACUUCCCUCCUCCGGACCAUACACAGCAUCAUCAACCGGACCCCAGAGAGUCUGAUUGCAGAAAUCAUCCUGGUUGAUGACUUCAGUGAUAGAGGGUCAGCAAGUGAGGUUAAUUCUCUUAUUUUAUCAACAGUGAGUCAGAAGAGGCAGAAAAUGGGGCACGGUGUCUAA